CAGUAAACUUGUACGUCUUGUUCCCCAAAACAGCAGCCGAGGGAGGAGAAAGCAGAUGGAGGGACUGUGAAGUACCUGGCCGCACAUUUACGCCGAAAAACAGACAACGCUUUUGCUUUCACUUCCUCAGCGUGGACCCACUCUUUGGGAUAGGAAGCUGCCCUUUCGCCAUGGCUGCUGCCGCUGUUGCCACGUCUUCCAAAGGCAGCCUGAGAGAGGACCUGACGUGUGCCAUAUGCUGCGAUCUGUUCCGGGAACCUGUCAUGUUGGCCUGCAUGCACCACUUCUGCAAACCCUGCAUCUCCAGGUACUGGAGGGGCGCUCAGGGUCCCGUAAGCUGCCCACAGUGCCGCAAGGAGUUCAGCACCAAGCAGUUUCAUACGAACUACCUUGUGACAGCCAUGGUGGAGAAGGUCCGGGCCACCACUUCGGACUCUUACAUCAAGAACCUAGAGAAGCAACUGAAAGAGACUUUGGAGAGCCAUCGCUUGAAGAAGGAGGCCUUCAUCAACAGUAUUCGCAGAGACAAAGACAAGAUGGAUACCAUAAAGAGAGUCGGGGCAGAUCUGCAGGCUCGUGUCAAAGGGGACUUCAGAGCUCUCCAUCAGAUCCUGCACGAUGAGGAGACCUGCAUGUUGGAACAGCUAAGGAGAGAGCAGGAGGAGGAGCUGGAGAAAGUCCAGCGCCACCUGGAGGCCAUCGAGCUGGUCGUGAGGGAGCUCGAGGACAGUAUGAGGGCGCUACAGCGGGCUAGCGCGGACACUGAGAGCGUCGUACUGACUGAGCUCCCGCAGCUAAGGCCAUGUGUGCAGGUGGAUGUUGCAGUGGAGUUUGAUAUAAACACUUUUAGCAACAAAUACAUGGCCCCCUUGCAGUACAUCACAUGGAGAAGGAUGUUCAAGUCUUUGAAGCCAGGUCUGUCCCCAUUAACGUUUGAUGCCGACACGGCGCACCCCAGCAUCCACAUUUCCAGGGACAAAACCGUGGCAGUCGAAUGUGACGUCGCGGUCCCACAUACGGACCACAACAAGCGCUUCCUCCAGUGUGUCAACAUCCUCGCUGCCCAGGGCUUCCAGUCAGGCCGACACUACUGGGAGGUAGAAGUGGCUUCCAAACCCAAGUGGGACAUAGGUGUGGCCUCUGAGUCUGUAGACAGGCACGCUCGGAUCAAGCUGAGCCCCGAAAGCGGCUACUGGACGCUGCGGGUUCGCAACGGGAACGAGUACUCCGCCGGCACUCAGCCCUGGACGAGGCUGCGGCUCAGCUCUUCCCCUCAGAAGAUCGGGGUUUUCUUAGACUGCGAGGAGAGGAGGGUGUCCUUCUACAACGCCGAUGACAUGAGUCUGCUCUACUCGUUCACCAACGGGCCGAGGGGCAAGGUGUUCCCCUUCUUCAGCCCAUGCAUUUGUGACCGCAGUCAGAAACCUCAGCCUAUCAAACUCCUCCACUACCCUUCUGUCGCUCUGUCUGGCUAAUGUGGGCGGAUUCAAUCAGUAUGUAAGACCUGUCCAUUCACUUAUCCCCCAAUGCCUGUUAUCACUCGGCUAAUGUAAGACACUGCUGCUAUUUGUAGCAGUAUGAGUAUAACAUUUUAGACUGUUCUCAUAUUUUCCAUGCUAUAAUGAUCAGAUAUUGCUCGAUGCUGAUGUUUUCCAAAUGUGAAAUGAACCUUGAAAGCCUUGAAAUGUUAUGGAAAUUGCCAUAUCUACCAUAUAAAAAUGCCAUUGUGCUGUUAUCAUGCUGAGGAGGCUCAUUCAUUUUGCAGGAAAAAUCAGCAGAAACACAAUAAAAACAAAUAUUCAACCGUUGUAGGUUGAAUAUAGUGACGCCUGGAUGCAUCCUAUUUACAUUACAUUUUUAGACAUGCUGGAUCUUCACUGUUCAACUGAAUAUUUUACAUAGAUGGAGAUAGUUGACCUUUCAAAUGAUAAUCUGAGUAAUUAUCUCUCAUCAUGUCAGACUAUCCUUAGGGUCGCUUGUAAAAGGUUUUUUAAUCACCAUUGAGUUCAAUCAUUAUGAAGGAAUUGUGCACUUUAUUGUGAGAUUUUAUAUUUGAUUAAAUGGUUCUUCAUGUGUAUUACAUGAAAUGAAACUGCAUUUUUAUUUCGUAUGUAAACUCACAGCACCUUAUGAGUUCUUUAGCUGAUUUGUAGCAGCUCCUCUUUGAUUUGUCAUUAUUUCACUUACAUACAUGUGCCUAAAUUUGAACACUCGUGAUUGUUAUUUUUUGAUUACUCAAGGAUAUUACUGAAAUGUAGUUCUUUGUAGCACAUUUGACAUUGUUGUCAAUGUGUGCCAAUUACGUGUUUGAUCAUUUCCUGCUAAAGACCCAAACAGUUAUUGUAAAACCUGCUGACGCAAAUAAUAAAGCCAAAUCACUUUUUCUUUCCUAAACAAA